AUGACGUUUUUUGGAACACUCCCGCCGGCACUUGUUGUUUUCACGGUCGACGUGGUGUUCCAGUUGUUGGUGGUAGCAACCAUUUCACUGGGAGCGUCAGCGACCUACGGUCUCCGCAAACUCUCGGUCUUUAAAGGAAACUCUGUCACUACAGACCAAGAAAGCACUCUACAGACCGUGGCAAAAUCUCUAAGGUCUCCUACCAAGUGGAACUUCAUGUUUUCGCUGUUGUCGGUAAGCAUGGUCACCAUUGCAUUUGUCCCAGGACUGUUCCAGUUAGGAUUGGAGGUAACAGAGGGAGUAACAGGCACCACGGCCGGUGUCACCAGAGUAAUAGGAAAGGGAAGGAUUUUUUCAGUCCUGCCUCAGUUCCCUUCGAACGACGGACUUUGCGAGGGAGAUUGUGAGAAAAUUGUACGCCUGGACAGGGCAUUGGCGGAAGAGGUCUUAAGCGGUACAUACCCGGGACUCACACCCGAAGAGCCAGUGUUUUUUGGGCCCGACGCAGUAUGGGAGGGGGUGGCAAGAGGCGAACACGUCACAACAACACUAGUAGGUGCCAGGUUUGAUAGGCCCUUCGCUUUGCAUACCAAGUCAUCAGCGGUCUGCGCACAUGUGGCAACGACCUCAGUGAGCUACGCGGCACUCUACAGGGACCCCGUCCGCGAAGACAGAUAUGGAUUAAACAUGUCUGACAUCCCCUUGACAACGUGUGAAAAUAGCCAACCAACUUGGUACGCGGAAGAAACCGACAACCCAUGGGGGAUUAGGGAAGUCGGCCUAAUACCGUACCCUACAUGGAUAGAAGACGCCAACGUGCAGACUGCGGCUCCGAUGAGGUUAAACACAUCAUCGACGAGGAUUUCUUCGUCUCUUUUCACCACUGAGAGCAGGAUACUUGAUCCAAUGGGGAUUGAAUUAGUGAACGGGACGUCCCAACAAUACACACGUGUACGUGUAAUAUCGGACUUCGCAAGUAGUUGUGCCUCUCAAUUGGCGGAGAUGGCCGGUUUGACAUUGUCAGGUAAAACAAAGUGCGCAGUCUUUGUAAGAGCCGUGUGCGCAUUAGACACAGUCGCUGGGGGGCGUUACGGCACUGAUCGUGAGAACAUACCAUGUUGGGCAGCUAGCCAGACAUCGCAGGGAUACGUAUUUUCAGAAAACUUUACGCCGGAUUGGUUUGGUAUCGACGAGAUAAUGACGCAGAGAAGUCCACGGCGGUAUGUGACCGUUGCUCUAGCUCUGCUCGCGAACGGGGUGCGGAACGUUACGGUAGGAGAGCAGGAGCUACCGAUAUACGGCCAAGUGGUUAGCUACAACAGCCAAUGCUUGUAUGCGGUAGGAUUAUUGCUGGUAACCACAGCAGUAUACGCCGGAUUAAAGUUUGCUUCCGCUCCGCUUCCGCUAUCAUUGCCCAGGACGGUUAGUGAUGGAUAUGAACUUAGAUGUAGGGAAACCGGUGCGUCAGAAGAGAGAUGUGGUGCACCGUACAAAACGUCGGGGUUUCGACUGGGAAUAUCAUACAAUGACGAUGAAGAGUAUGACCACAUUGGAGUAACAUCUGAGUCGAAGCCUUAUAGGCGGGAACUUCGUGGAGCGAAACCCCACAUGGUGACCGGUGGCUAG